CUUGAAUUCAAUGAGCUGGACUUCCAGUUUCAGUUUGCAUUGUAGUGCGUCGGAGAGUAAAAUGGGAGUAGAAAUCGAGACCAUAACCCCUGGUGAUGGUAAGGAACAAACAGUAAAUAUGAUUAAAUUAGCCAAGUGGAUGUUGCUAAAUUCAAAAUAUUAAGUCGUUAACACAAUACUUAGCUAAUUAUUUCCCUUUCUUCCAUCUUUUAGGACAGACAUUUCCCAAAAAAGGACAGACAUGCGUUGUGCAUUAUGUCGGUGAGUCAGCAAGCUAACCAGCUUGAUAGCUAGUUAGCUUAGUUAGCUAUUGUCAGUUGUCCACUUUCGUCGGCAACAAUGUAAAUGUUGUGAUAUUUAUAUAAUGUGUGUGUAAUCUGCCAAACGAUAUUGUCUCAUAAUAUAACUAACAAUUAGUUAAACGAUUUGCUUAGCUAAUUCAAGUAAUUUUUAUACGGCUAAAGUAGUUGUACACCCUAGCUAAGUUAUCGUUUGUAGCUAGUAGCUAGUUGCCGCCCGUACAUUUAAGUCAUUUAGCAGACGGUCUUAUCCAGAGCGACUUACAGUUAGUGAGUCCAUACAUUUUCAUACUGCCCUCCCGUGGGAAUUGAACCCACAACCCUGGCGUUGCAAACGCCAUGCUCUACCAACUGAGCUACACGGGACUACUACUAACGUUACUAGCUAGCUAGCUAAUUGACAGUUUCCUCAAAUCAGUGAGAAUGAAUGUAAUAAAGAUUAAUGUAUCUUUAGGAAAUAAAUUGGCUAGUUAGCCAGUAGCCGAUAAUGUUUGUCCAGGGUACUGUAAUUAAAUAUUUUAAUCCAUGAAUGCUAGCUAGCAAUUUUGGAGGGGACAGAAUAUAGGUAACGUUACACGGCUGUAUAACUAACCUUCUCUCAAUCCUAUCGCAGGCUCACUGACUGAUGGAACCAAGUUUGACUCUUCCCGGGACAGAGGCAAGCCUUUCAAGUUCAAGAUUGGCAAGCAGGAGGUGAUCCGUGGCUGGGAGGAGGGGGUUGGCCAGGUAAGAAGGGUCUCCUGGGUGUGUUUACAUUAGAUAUCCCCUUGAAUGAUUGCACCACUUAUUUCAAUCACUUGGAAAAUCCAAAAUUGGCAAGGACACAAGCAAUUUUAGGGUUAUAUUAGAUGCGUCUUGAUAAUAAUAUGACCUUUCUUUUUGUUUCACCUUCCCCACAGAUGAGUGUGGGCCAGAGGGCAACUCUGACCUGCACGCCGGACUUCGCCUAUGGCAGCAAAGGGCACCCUGGCAUCAUUCCACCCAACUCUACCCUCAUCUUCGAUGUGGAGCUGAUGGGCCUGGAGUGAUGCUUGUGUGCAAUUACUACAUGUUUAAUUCCACUCAAAUUUUCAGGGUGAGACAAUUCUGCAUGCAAAUCGCCUGCACAAAUUGCACUACUACAUUGUUAGUGUUGAAGGAGUACUUUACAUUUUUACAUUUUAGUCAUUUAGCAGACGCUCUUAUCCAGAGCGAUUUACAACACAGUUAUAUGAGCUUAAGUGCUCAUUAGUGUGUUUAACAAGCUUUGGUGCUCAUCUCCCAUAAUCCCCUCUGUCGUGUCUCUUCUGUUAACCACAUAAUUGUAUCCCUGUCCCUUUCUACAGGUUGACUCCUAUCUCGGGAACAUGGAGGAAAAGGCAAAAGGAAGAUUAAUGCACUUGACUCCUGUAAAAGACUAAUCUAUAGCUUCACCACUUCACUCUCCUUUCCAUUUAGAUUCAAAUGUGUUUGUCACUUGCUUAAAAUACCUUAUUCUUGUUCUUUCUUGUAUUAGAAGACCCUAACAAGUCAUAGGCCAUACCUUUCAGAUAUCAUGUCAUUUUAUUGUAAUGUAUGUUUUUUAUGGUCUUUUUUGUUGUGAAAUUUGUAAGUCAUGCCUGCCAUCGGGUAGGUACUGAUACAAUUUUGGAUAAAGUAUCAUUACGCAUAUUCAAUUUGAUCUCAUUCUUGUGGCUCUAUGAGUGGCCUUGCUUUAGCAACUUUUCAGAAAAUGUGUUAUUGUGGACAUGAUAAUUGAGAAAGAAAUUAUGAAUAAAUGACUUUCCCCAAAUGGAUUGGAUUAAUGUAAUUGGAUUGCAGAAGUUGACAAAGGGAAAAAAAAACAAAAUGUUUUCCAAGUCAGCAAUCAGGUUUUCAAGAUAUAACUUUCUAAAUACAGAGAUACUG